UACAAUAUUAUUAAUUGUUAUCGUAAUUAUAAUGUAGGUAUAAUAUUGUAAUAAUAUUUUAUUAUUGUGGUCUAUCAAUAAAGUCGCCUAUAUCUAUUUAGCAAUUAAAAGUACUAACACACAUUAUUGUACGCCGCAGUCAUAAAUGUGAACCCGAAGAAUAAAAUAUCUCCAAAUCUUCCGCUGCACAGCUAUCAUUGUUAUCGAUUCAGUGAGUCGGUCAUUCGUGGUUAAAUAACAUAUCUACUACGUCACACUUCAAGUGUUUGCAGACAAGUAUAUUUGACCGUCGAAAUGAAAACGUUGAUUGAGUCUAAAAUUUAUAUGCUGUACUGCGCGUUAAUCGUUUGCAGUUUAGCGUCGACUUCCAGAACCGCCAAUACGAGUGAUACUGAUGCUACUGAAAAAGUAUCAUCUUUCAAUUCGACCGAAGUUACGUCAGGGUCUGAACAAUAUGAAGAUUUUCUCCUAUCACACAUACUAACAACUUCAAUUGCGAUUCCGAAAAAAAGUUCGACAACGACUCCUGGAACACCAUCUGUUACGGUUCCUUACAAAUUACCGCAGUCCGACGGAACCACGACGGAAGGCUUUUCGAAUCCACCAAAUCUGAAGCCAAAACCAAAUAAAGGUAACAGUGUGUCAGGUAAGAGGUACGAUUCUAGCGAGCGGAUACCGACGAAUGGUGACACUCGGUCCACCCCUAAGGAACACGUAACUAUGUUUGCACUAGAAAAUUCGUCGACAACGAAAAAAUCGAAGCCGAUUUGGGGGCUGCCUACUCUCAGUCCCAUCGCUCAAAUUUUGUUAUCUCAUAAUUCCCAGAUGGAAGAGAUGGAAAAAAAAUCAGUAGAACAACCUACACGUCCUCCUAUGAUGCAUGUACGAAACAAAGGCAUUUGCAGAGAUCCUGAAAUCAGAAAAUAUUUAGCACAGUGUCAAAAUAAAGCAAAGAAAACCGGGGAAACCGGAAUUCAGCGAAAACAAGGAGUCUACAAAACAGAAACGACUACGAUCGAAAAUGAAAAAGAAAAGAAAAGAAAAAUGGAACUUGAACAGAUUAUGUCAGAUAUGGAGUCUGAUAGAUUUAACAGCAUAUUAAAUGUUUAGCGCAUUAAGAGUUGGCCCUACAGGUCGCAUCCGAGAAUGCAACACACUAUUAUAUAGAUACAGUGAAAUAAGGAAUAUAUAAGGUAUAAAUAUAUGUCAUAAUUCAUAGUAAAAUAUCUAUAUAGUUUUAUAUUUGAUAGAAACAGAA